CAAAUUCAAGCAUGAUCUUUUAUUCAUGUAUAACAUGUUACAACAUCCUAAUCAGACACUCAUAAUGCACCUGUUUAUAUAUCCUAGAUAGGUGCCCCAUUAGUGCCAUCUCUGGGUUGGCAUUAUAACCAUUAUCUUAACAUCUUUCUUUUAAUUUUGAGUUAGCUCGAACACUUCAUACCAAUUUAAUACCACAGUGAAAAUACCUAUUUACAUUAAACACUUAAUUUUUUUAAAUAAAAAAUUGUUGUCCACAGUGCCCAUACCGCAGGGGCAGUCUUACAUUAGCCCUUGUCCUAGUGCGUCGCACUGGUAGCAUAUUGGGCACCUCUGGGAUCCUCAGGUCCUCUCCCACAGCCUCCUGAAAUUGUGUAGGCACGGUCGGCAGAGAUAACUGCCCUGGUGGGGUCUUCCCCAUCUCCUCAUUAUGUGUCCUGCCCACACCAUCCAGAGGAUCUUCCCAUUUGUCCCUCCUGUGUCCUAUGCUCUCCUGAACUGGGCGUAUGUCCUCCCAAGUGGCAUCCCUGGUGUGAGGUGACAGGAGCAUUCUGACGGUUUGGCCUUGUUUUAUUACAGGCAGAUUUUUUGCAUGCUGGUCAUAGUAAUGUUUUGACUUGUCCUGACGUGCACUUUGUGUGCCUGAACAUCCCCAAAGACCUUUGGUGCGAGGAGCUUGGGAGUUGUUGGCAACAAAGAGUGGGUGCAUCUAGACAUUAGGUGCUGUACAGGACUGCUGCCGAAGCCCUCUGCGGGAGCAUUUCUCCACGCCAAAAUGGCUUGUGCCUGCAUUGCCUUUGUCUGCUAUUUUCACUGCUGACUCUGACCUACCAUUACUCUGACUGUGGUAUGGUGAAGAGGUCACAUGAUGGAAUUCCCCAGGCUUUUGCAAACAAAGCAAAGUCUUGACUCGUGAACUGGGACACAUUAUCUGUAACUACACCACUGUCAGGUAUGCCAUACCUGCUAAACUGCUGCUUACAACAGUCGAUGAUGCAACCGACUGUUGUGUCAAAUCACUUUCUCCACCUCCCAAAAAUCUGAAUAGUAGUUCACUAUAAAUCAGAAAAGGAACAUUCUUUACUGUGAGCAGAUCCAUUCCCACUUUAGACGUGUUGGUUGUCAUGUGGCUGCAGCGUUUCCUUUUGCUGCUUAGGUAGAUUAGCAUUACAUAUGCUGCACACAGCCACAAGAUGUUUCAUUUCUUGGGUCAUAUUGGUCCAGAAUACUGAUUCUCUGGCUUUCCUGAGACUGGCUUUGACCCCUGAGUGCCCUGAAUGGAUACGAGAGAGAAUCAUUGGGCGUAGAGUUUCUGGCACUACCACCCUGUCGCUUUUGUAGACAACCUCUUCCUGCAUUGUGAGUUCAUCUCUGUAUGUCCAGUAGUCCGUCACCAGGAUGGGCGUACUCUUUCUUGUGUCCGGCCAGCCUCUUAGGAUAAAAGACUGAAGCAUUGGAGAAGUCUUGUCCUCUGCUGAAUGAGCUUUGCUAGCAUCCCGUGUCUUCCUUUCUUGUAUACUACCUGUGGUUGAUAACGCUGAAGCUUUAGCGUCAUCCUUUUGAAGUCGCUUCGGCAUAGACAGAAGAGGUUUUUUGAAGAUAACCUCAAGCAGCUUGUGAUCAGUGUGCACCGUGAUGAAGUUCCUACCAUGAAGGUAUUGAUCAAAACGGUCACAGGCGAACACCAUGGCUAGGCACUCCUUUUUAAGUCGGCCAUAUCCUUGCUCCGUGGGUGUCAAUGUUUUUAUUUUGCCAGGCUUUUCCACCACAACCAUGUUGCUUAUCCACUUAGUAGGUUUGGUGACCUUCGUAAUGACACCCUGUUCCUCGAUUGACUCAACAGCCUUUAGUAUCUUUUCCUUCCGUGGAAUGGGGAUUCAGAGGGGAAGCUGUUGAACUGAUCUAACAGACUCAUCCACCACCAGGCGAAGCCCUUCAAAAACGUCCUCAAACUGUUUCAAUAUUGCCUCUGAGGUGUUCGAGUCUGGUGGGACCUUUUGUUUUUAGUAUUGACAUGAUGAAUGGCAUGCUGGUGGUUGAACUGUAGCAACUUAAGUUUUUCACAUAUUUCUGCUGAAAGGAGAGGCUUUUGCAAGGUUUUUCACCACUUGGAACAUGAGUACAUGUUUCCCCAUCCUGAUUGGCUCACUCCCCUACUGCCUUAGCCUUGCUUGGUUGUGGCUUUGUAUCUCCAUCCUGCAUUACUUGCAUAAAGUCUCUGUCGCUGAGUAUAUUGACAGUUGAGCCACUGUCUAGCUGGCAUUUGAUAGUGCUACUUGGAUCAUAAUCCAAAUUAUCACAUAUCAAUGGGGUAAGCUUUAAAGUUUGUAAACCAUUUAUCUUUGCCACUUUGAACAGAAUUAACAUCUCAUGUAUAGUAUGUCUGCUUCUUCAGCAUAAUUUUGAUCACAGCAUGUAUCCUGUUCUAGCAGGCUUACUUUGUCUGCACACUUUUGCUAAAUGUUUUUUUUUUCUCCAAAGAAUUUGCAUAUAAACCCAUAUGGUGGGCAUUUGGCUCUUGCGUGUGUUGAUCCACAGUACCUGCACACUUCUUUAAUAUUUUUCUCCUUAGACCACUGUCCGAUGAAUCCUGUUUCCAUUUUCUGUCGACAUGGUCUCUGUAUUUGUUCUGAGUGGCAUAAGUGACUGAUUCUGCUGCCUGUUCAGGGACAGUGUUCAUAUUUUUUAAUUGGAUCUGCGUCUGUUCGUUUGCUCUGCAUAUAUCUAUGCCUUUUUAUUCAGCGUUGUGGUUCGCGCAGCAUACUUUAUUUACUCCGUUAUCUUUACAGCCAAUCACAAGUCUGUCUCUGAUCGUUUCGUCUCUCAUUGACCCGAAAUCACAAGAAUCCGACAAUUGACGCAACCUCACAAUAUAUUGACCAGACGUCUCUGCUUGAGUUUGUUCACAUGUUAAAAAUGAAUCUUUCAUUAAUCACAUUACUACUAAAAUGUCUUUGUAAAACGUAAAGUAUUUUCUUAUAAUUGUUUAUAUCCUCUUCCCCCGAUCUAGGUGACGCUGAAGCAUAUGGCACUCUCUUCCAAUAACACUGAGCAGUGUUGCCACUCUCACAUGCGGGUCUUUAAAAAAUAUAUAUAAACCUGUUGCAUUUUAAUAAUUCUCCCACUGAUCACGGAAAAGCAACCCGUUUUGGUACAAAUCGCCGUUCAUGUCCAUGGCGCUAGCCACCGGAAUUUGACUGAGAGACAUUGCAGGCUCUUCGUACUCGCUCAUUUGUUCCACUUAUUUGUGUUUAUCCGACAGCGAUUACAUUGUCCACAUACCUUAUCCUAUUUUCCGUGGCGCUUGACUUUGGGUUAUUUUCGCUGACACCAUGUUUUAAUGUGAAUAACUCACGUCGGAGAGUUUGGUAAAGUUCAAGCAUAAUCCUUUACUCAGGUGUUACAGGUCACAACAUCCCAAUCAGACACUCGUAAUAUACCUGUUUAUAUAUCAUAGCCCCACUGGCGACAUCCCUGGGUUGGCGUUAUGGCCAUUAUCUUAACAUUAUGUGCUUGUCGUUGGAACUUUUAACCGCACGAAGGAAGAAUUACGCAUCCAUUUCUACCUCGAUUCUCUUUGUUACUAUAUAGCCUGUAAUGCGACGCGCCGGUGCAAUUGGUCACUGGCUUCCGCACUCAUUCCACAAAUCGAAACUGCAAUGAGAAAUAUGACAGAUCGAAUCCUAAUGCUGAUCUACAUUGUGAACACAUUUAGCUUGUUCCCAUAGGUGUUCUCAUUACUGAUGAAUUUACAUCUAUCGCAAACUUAUUCUUGAGGAUGGCAACGAAGAGUUGGGCGUCCGGCACACGUGUUGCCAAGAGUGACCACAGCAAACCUAAAGCUGGUGAACUGGCCUACCGCAAAGGAGACAUCCUCACUAUUGUGGAAAUGGGGACGGUACAUAACAACUUAUGUUGUUAUUCUGGGGUCAGAAAAGGGGCUCAGGGGCCCUCGUUGCUCACAAUGUACUUUUCAAAUGGGAAACGGCAUUACAAGGCCAGACACAACACCACAGGAGAGGAAGGACUCGUCGCUGCCACCAACGUGCGAGAACGAGAGGCCAUUUGCGUCGACCCUAGUCUCAGUCUCAUGCCCUGGUUCCAUGGGAAGAUCUCAGGUCCUGAGGCGGUGUCCAAGCUGCUGCCUGUGGAGGAUGGCCUGUUCCUGGUGCGGGAGUCCAUCCGCCACCAUGGUGAUUACGUGCUCUGCGUCAGCUACUCCAGCCAGGUCAUCCACUACCGAGUCAUCUACCAGGACAGCAAACUGACCAUCGACAACACCCAGUACUUCUACAACCUCUUAGACAUGAUCGAGUUCUACUCCAAGCACAAGGGAGCUAUUGUUACCAAACUUCUAAAGCCCAAAGAGAAGGAGGGCACAAAGUCAGCUGAGUUGGAGCUGUCUAAAACGGGAUGGCUGCUGGAUAUCAGGGAGCUGACCUUGGGAGGGAGUAUCGGGGAGGGGGAGUUUGGAGCGGUGUAUGAAGGAGACUACAUGGGCCAGAAGGUGGCAGUAAAGAACAUUAAAUGUGAUGUAACAGCACAGGCAUUCUUAGAAGAGACCACUGUUAUGACGAAACUGCAGCAUAAGAAUCUGGUGCGGUUGUUGGGGGUGAUCCUACAUAAUGGACUGCACAUCGUCACAGAGCUUAUGGCCAAGGGUAAUCUGGUGAACUUCCUCCGGACAAGGGGCCGUUAUGUCAUCAACACUGACCAGCUACUGCGCUUUGCACUAGAUGUAUGUGAGGGUAUGGAGUACCUGGAGUCUAAGAGGUUGGUCCACAGAGACCUAGCGGCCCGUAACAUCCUGGUCUCCAACGAGGGCGUGGCCAAGGUCAGUGACUUUGGAUUGACCAAGUUGGACUGCAAGGCCUCAGACAAUGCUAAACUACCAGUCAAAUGGACAGCCCCUGAAGCCCUGAAGAAAGAGAAAUUCUCCACGCGGUCAGACGUAUGGAGCUACGGUGUUCUCCUCUGGGAGACGUUCUCUUAUGGUCGACAACCCUACCCCAAGAUGUCUCUGAAGGAGGUGAAGGAGCUUGUGGAGCAGGGUUACCGUAUGGAGGCUCCAGAGGAGUGUCCCCCCAGUGUCUACGCCCUCAUGAGGUGCUGCUGGGAGGCUGAGCCCAGGAAGAGGCCCUCCUUCCAGAAACUACAGGAGAAGCUGGAGAGAGAGCUGACCAAACAACAGCCCUGGCUGCUGAAGUCAAUUUAAUAAUCCUAUUCAAAUAACUACUGGGCUCUUGUUUUGAGCUGCCUAGAGCAGGGACAGUAACCCGGGACAGGUGGACCCAAGUGGUUACCGCUCGCUUCACAGCUUUCCCGGGAAACUCUCUGUAUUCUAGCAUCACACGGACAAAAGAGUAGCGGAUGAAGGAGUUUGCUUCUGCUGCUGCUGCGUUCGCGGUAGAACCGCGUGGCGGCGGUGCUUUGUGCGUGCGCACAUCCUGUAAAUGGCUACAGUGUAAAAUCAUGCAUCUUGAUUUGCUUAAAGAAAAAGCAUAUCGUUUUUAUGGCAAAAUCAUUUAAACGUAUGUUGAGUUUGUGUGAUGAAGGAUGCAGGAUAUUAUACUAAGACAUAACAUGUUAUCGAUUUUUAUAGUAUUUUUAGGGAAUGAUCUACUGUAAUGAGGAGUCCUUACACUUAUUUCUGUCUGUGUUAUUAGAGGUAGCAAGUCAACUCGUCAUGUCUCCACACCCCAAUUCUCUUUCCUGAGUAACACAUUAUUUGUGUUACCAAUAUGGGGCCAUUAUUUUUCUUUCAUAAGAGACAGAGAGCGAAAAGGAUAGAGGGAGAGCGAGAUGGAAAGAGGGAAAAUGCUGAUCCGGGAUUAAAUCCCAGAUCAUCCGUAUCUGCUUGUUUCAGACUGUAAUUGUCCAGCAAUAUGCCCUGCGACUCAGGGGCUUAAUAUGUGAAAUCUUGAAUGUUAUUGCUGAUAUUAGUAAGGAAUUACAAAGCCGACAGCAGUUUGUCUGUGUACAAGCUCUGAGGAGCUACAGGGGAUUGGGACGGAAUAUCCUAUUUUAUUUUCAGUUCAUUUGCCAUAAAUGUAGUAGACCUAUACUCCCAUAAAACCAGUGACUCAGCAGGUCUUAGUUGAUCUAUCUGUGUAAAGGGAAUUUCUUUAUUAAAUCCAGUUCCUAAAAGCAAAGGGGUGCUCGGUUUGAACAGAAAUUGUUGGAUUUUGGACAAUGGACAUUUGCAAAGAAGAGAAACAUGCUGCAUCUGGGGUUUACAAAAAAAUAUAUUUAAAAAAUAAUGUAAUAAUGUAGAUAAGGGACUUACCUCUAAAACAACCAAGGUUCCUCUGUCUUCAAGCAGCUAUGAUUUAACUCAACCCAGAUUAGAGAGGGGAGAGAUUUUUAUUUUAUUAUUGUUGUCACGUUACAACCCAAAUUAAAGAUGUCAUUAGUUUUAAGUCUUUGUAAGCCUGGUAUUUGUCUUUCACCCAUGGGAUGGACCCCAGAUUGGGUCCUGAUCCGCUCCCAUCACAUCACCAUAGGGCCUGUGUGUUGAUUUGCUUUGUUUCCCUAAAACUUCUCAUGGAUGCUUUGAAAUGUUCCAAGAAAUGCUGAAAAAAUAAAUAGGAAUAAUUUAAACUUA